AUGGUCGUCCUUCUGUGCAACUUCAAGCCGGCGAAAAUGAGAGGAAUCGUUACCGAAGCAAUGAUCAUGUGCGCUUCUACACCAGAGAAAGUCGAGAUCUUGGCCCCGCCAGCUGGAGCAGUUCCGGGCGAUCUUGUCAAAGUGCCAGGCUUCGAAGGCGAACCCGACGAACUGAUUAUGCCAACGAGUAAAAAAGCAGUCUCCGUGUUCGAACAAGUUGCCCCAGGAUUAAAGACGAACGACAAAUGCCAAGCCACAUUUAAUGAUGUCGCCUGGGAAGUUGCCUGGGAACGAUUGGAUUCGAGAAAUGUGUUGGCCAAAGAUAGAAGCUACAUAAUCGAAGAUUCCUUUGGAACGAUUGAAUAUUGGAACUCGAACAAGAAAGUGCGUUUAUUUGGGUAUUUCGGCUGCAAGGCGCACACCGAUCUAGACGAAAGAUGGACAGAUCCAGACAGGAAAUUCGUUCAAGACGGAAUUCUUCACACGGUGGCGCCAAAUUUGUACCCCGCUGAUUCGAGAGCCAUUCAAAAUCAGCUCAAGUUUUUGGAAAAAUCCGACAAUUACAGAGACACGGUGACUGGCAAAGUAUGCGCUGUUGCUGGUGGCCUUGGACUGAUGUUUAUCGCUUGGUUUUGUAUCUUCCACAAUGUCGAGCAAGGUCGCAAACUUGUUGAAGAAAACAAGAAAAGCAGACACAACAGUCUUUCUCUCAGCGACAAGAGCAUCAACCAACUGACGCAGAUUUCUUCCGACUUCAGCCAACUGCAGCACCUCUCCGAGCUCAUUCUCGCGCACAACGGCCUCAAACAGCUCACUGCUUCGAUCACAAGCUUAUAG